AUGGCCGCGGCCGACAUUGAGAGCUGGGACGACGACGUUGACUUCCAGGGCGAUCUCUUCACAAACUCCGUCUCGACCGUGCAAACCCAUUUUUCCUCGCGCCUUUCGCUGCGCUCCGAGUCCGCUGCUGCUGACGAUGACUGGCAUGUCAUGCUGGCGCCCAACGACGACUCGUCGGCCACCAACGCAAUCCAGUCCGCCCGCCUCCACGCCGGCAUCCCUAUCCCCAACAAUGUNCCCCCUUCCGCCUUGAUGAGCGGUAAGAUCCAGCGCCUAGGAAACGCGCCUUCUCGCCGAACACUUCCACCCCGUCAAGACGACGACUGGGCUGACGACCUGGAAAUCGACAACAACGCCCCACUCUCGCUCAAACUGCCCAAGCCUUCUCACCAGGAGCACGACGAAGAACACGACGACUUUGAUGAUUUCACAGAGGGCAGCCUAGGUAUACGCUUCGCUGGCACACGUCGCGACCAGCGCAACAGAAGCUUUUCCGGCUCACAAUUGGGCUCCGCAAUGAGCCCUAGUCUCGGCAGCGUCAUGACCGAAAGCGAGGACGACUUUGGUGGGCUCGAGCUUCCCGAAGGACCUAUUGACUUGGGCAGGAUGCUCAAGAAGCGUCAACAACAAGUCGAGGCCCCUCCUACUUCGCAGCCCCAGGAUGAGGACGACUUUGAGAGUGGCCUCGACAUUGGCUCUGGCAACGUCUUCGAUCCCAGCAAACUCACUCUUCAUCGCAACAUCCAGCAAAGACAGGCCAGGUCUUCUUUGUCGUCGACUCGUGCGCCCACCACGACCCUCACCUUCUCCGAGAAGCCUUCUGCUACACGCAUCCCGCGGCCUGUCCCCUCUUCCAAGCCAGCCUCCCGUCUCGAACCUGUCUUCGAGCCUGGAGCAACCCUUGUUACACGCCAACGUCCUCAACCCUCUACAUCGGGUUCUAAUUUCUUGCGCAACAAGCGUUCUAUGCCCGUCCUGCGUGGCCCUCAGCAAAGCGUCAAGGCCGUCUCAUUCUUACCAGCCGGCUCCUCAGCUCAGUCGCACCACACUACUACCAAGCCUCCAUCGCGCACCUCUGCGUACCACCUUCGUCGCGAGGCCGAACCUCAACGAAGUCAAUCACCUCCGCUUCGUUCUUACUCACGCCUUUCAUCCGGCUACGUACCCGAUACGCCCUCGCGUUCUGGUCGUCGUGCAGAUCUUGCACCAGCCGCGCUUGCAAGAGAGGCUGCCUCCAAGCGCACCGUGACAAAGCCUUCUCGCAGGCGCAACUUUGGAGACGGAACCGAGCUCGACCUCUUUGAUGAUCUCCCCACCUCGUCAACCAAGGAAUCCAAGUAUCUCAAGCAGCCCUCCGCCAGGGGCGCACCCAAGUCUGUUCGCAACAUUCCGAGCAGGAUCGAUGUUGCAGGAUCUACUAAGCUUCCCUUACCCGAGCGUAUGCAGACUCCCGCUCCAGUGACACCUCGCAGCCCCAUGCCCAUGAAGGGUUUCCAGGACCAGAGCAACACCCCGCGCUAUCUUCGCGAUACUGCAGCAAGCCGUAUUGCACGCGAAUCACGCCUCAGGGCUGCAGGAACCGGCCGUCCCAAGAGUGAGGGUCCGCUUAUGCCUGUCAGCACCAAUUGGAAGGCUCAAAUCGCCGCCCGCAGUCCUCAUACCAGCCCCAGUGCCUCUAGGAUUAAGGCCAAGCGUCCUCAGCUCAUCGCACCUAGCACUGCCAAUGUCGGCAAGCCAAUUGUUGAGAAGGGCAUGACCUUCAACCCUCAGACUCUCCGCUGGGAAGGCAACGAGAACAGUCUGGCUCCUUUCGAGCUCGGUCCUCUCCUGCCCACCCCUACUCCGACAUCCCAUGAUGCACAACAGACUUCUUACAUGACUGCACGUCCCCUGCCGCCCUCGCCUCCAAGACCUGCUCUCAUCACCCCACUCGCGUCCGAUUAUUCUAACCAGAACAUUAAGGUUGUCGGUGGCAUGGUCUUUGAUCCUCGUCGCAUGUGUUGGCUCAAGUUGCGUGCCGGAGAUUCUAGGAACAACAGCCCUAGUGUCACCGAGGACGAGGAGGAUCCUUUCGCCGCCAUAGAGGAUCUCAAAGAGGGUCCCACUUCUGCUCCCGACGGCGCACGAGUCGCUGGUGGUGAUGAGUGGCUGGUUGGCGAAGAGUUCGACCUAGGUCCAGAGUUCAUCCGUCGUCAACGUGAUGAGGAGCACGUCUGGCGCCGCAGAUGCGAGUCCUGGUUCCCCAUCGAUGGUGGCUGCCGUCAGUCCGGCGACUCCUGGCGAUGGGCAAUCCGCGAUAUUGCCGGCCAAAUGCUCUAA